AUGCGAUGCACUUUCAAGGCCCCUCUGAUCCUUAACAUUCACGUCAAAUUCGACGAACGCAAACAAGUGCUGGAUGUGUUCAUAAGGAACUUGCAGAACGCUCCGGAAAGACAAAAAGUUAGGGUUGUCACGAAGCUAACAAUCCACCAGGAUCAAUUGCAGCCUAACUGGAAAUGCACGUUGAAGCUCAGAAACAAGAGUUGCUGUAGCAAGACGAAGUCCACGUGUCACAGUACCACGCUGAAACGUGGCGCCAACCCACAUUUCAACGAGAACUUCUGCUUCAAGAAUGUCAUUGCGUCCGACGUCAGGUACGGAAUGCUAUCGUUCGAUAUACUGGGAAAGAAGAAGAAAGGCAAUGAGCCUUUCCUUGGAACAGUCUACCUUCCCGGAUCAGAAAUCCAACUGGACUACGACACCGCCUACAGUCUGUCCGUCACCAUCAUCACCAGCAACAUCAUCAGCAUCAAGCACUUUACGACGAGCAUCAUCGACGGGCUCUACAUCGUCUUCUUCCACGUCAUCUUCGUCAUCUUCGACGUCGUCAACGUCGUCGUCUUCGUCAUCGCGUUCAAAAGACGAGUUGAUCGUUCUGGAAUCUUCGGGGCCCGCAAAAACAGCUUCAACCACACCAUCGACAUUAUCGAUUGCUAG